AAAGGUGGGACAAGGGCGGAAUAAAGCCGUCGAAUCUACGCCGUAGGGAUAGUGAAGUUCUAGCAAGGUAGUGACGGUAGGCAUCAUCAAUUGGCCUGUAUCAUCGUCAAGCCACCUCAAAGCUCAAGACGUGAACUAGGCUUCUAAGCUCAAUUCCAGAAUAGACAGCCAUUACCACUGCGCAAACAGUCAUCAUGGCCACAGCCCUACCCACGCGUACAGCAACGCGCUGCUUUCGAACCACCCGCCCUCGGACGUGCAACCAGCACAUCCAUUCUCGUCGCGCCUUCCAUUCAUACGACCACCCGCCUCCGCCUGGUCCCUUCGGAGCAACAGAGACGUUGAUUCUCUCUGCAGCAUACAAGCAUGUGCCCGAGCAUGGCUUCACCCACCGCGCGCUGUCCCUCGGCGCAUGCGAUGCCGGUCUCCUCGACAUCAGCCCAAGUGCUCUUCCCGACGGUGCAUUCAGCUUGAUCCGCUAUCACCUCUAUACACAAAGACUGGCGCUAGCAGCAAAGAGCAGCCAUAUAUUCCAAGGGGAAGAUGCGCCCGUUGGCGUAGGGGCCAAGGUUACAGCUCUGACGUGGGAACGGCUCAUGGCCAACCGAGAAGUCAUUCACCAGUGGCAAGAGGCUCUUGCUGUGAUGGCACAACCCAGCCACGCCCCGGCCUCCCUCAAAGAGCUUGCCAUGCUAUCGGACGAGAUUUGGUAUUUAGCUGGCGACACCGCGGUCGAUCCGUCCUGGUACACUAAGCGCGCGACUCUAUCCAUGAUCUACAGCUCCAGCGAGCUGUUCAUGACGAAUGACCACUCCCCCGACUAUGUUGAGACCAACAAGUUCCUCAAACGACGACUUGGCGAGGUCCAGUCUGUAGGCGGCGCACUUGGAGCCAUUGGGCAGUGGGUUGGCUUUACAGCGAGCGCAGGAAUCAAUGUCUUGAGAAGCAAGGGUGCGAGGAUCUAAUUUUAGUCUCGUGAGAGACUCUGUACAUCAUGUAGAAAUCUUGUAUUGGUGUAAGAGUAACAUGUACAUGAACGGAACAUC